AUGGCCGACGACCGCUACCGCCAGGACCGUCCUCAGCAGAAUCGCCCAGAGGAUCAGCCAUCGCAGCUCUCUCGCCAACCCCCUCCUCCUCCGACAGACAAGCCUCGCGCAUCGUCAGACUCUUCUCGACCAAGCAUGGCCGCAUCCGUUACUCUUCCGUCUAUUCAUGACCCGCGCUCCAGCAGCUAUGGCGCUCCUGCUCCCCCCUCCGGUGGACGAGGCUAUCCCCACGAUCCUCGUUUCGCCUCGCCAAACGCAGUAAACGGCUACCCACCACCACCAGCCGGCCAGCAGCCACCAGCUGCGUACCUGCCGCCAAUGCAGUCUCAGGAUCCAAGAGGCUCUUCCUAUCCCCAUCCGGAGCACAGAGGGCCGUACUAUGAUGACCGCAGAGGGCCACCUCACCCCGACGCCGCCUAUGGCCAAGACGCCUAUUUCUAUCGAGGACCUCCUGGCGCUCCUCCAAACGGUUAUCCAAGACCACAUCCUGGCGCAUAUGGCUCAGAGUAUGCUCAGCCGGGCAAUGCGCCGCCCCAAAUGGCCCAGGCCGCCCCCCGGCAGCGGACUUCCAUUGCUUGCAGCGGCUAUCAGAGUGCCCCAGGCGGAAAGUGUCAAAAUUGUGCCCGCAUGAAUCAAGAGUGCAUCUUUCAACCGGUUUCUUCUUCAAGCUCUACAGCAUUUAUUCCCGUCUCUGCAGUACCAGGUGGCGUUCCUCCUGGUACCCAGCUUUUUGGAGCCUACGGCCAACCUUUGGCACCUAAUUCGGUACCAUCUGCUCAUCACUACGCUGCUACCGGUGGCCCGCCCCCGCCCCCUCCUGCCGCCGCUGGGAAUUUUUAUCAGCCGAUGCAAUCUCCAACUGAUUCAUUCUCAUCAUAUGGAGACCAGAGAGGAGAUGACCAAGUAGUAGGGCGGCGACGACGUCGAACACCAGAAGAACAAGAGGAAGGAUAUCGCCUCCCUCCCCCCCGAAACACCAUGCCCGACGACGAUCCUCGCAGAAGGUCUCCUGCUGAAGCCUCAAGCAAUGGGAGUCCCGGAGGACUUGGACAUCUCCCGUAUCAGGGCAGCGGCCCUAGGCAAAGUCCCCGAAAUCCAUCUUUGCCACAGCCACCGGCAACUGCGGGUCACGGUGCCGUUGCUCCUGGAGGUCACUCGCCAGGUCAGAACGGCUCCAGCGGAGCUUCAACGCCAUCGCAAGCUCAGCGCCAACCCCAGCAGGCUUCUUCUUCUGUGAUGAGUCUGAGCAAUCUUGUUGAUAAAAACGACAUCGAUAAGGGAAUGAUUGAUCGUCUCAACCGGCCUCGAGACGUCAAGGGAUCGCCACCAGGUGCGUCCUGA